AUGGUUACGCCCGCGCCUCGUCGGAGCGUUGUUCUCCCCAACGAGGUCCUCAAGAUGAUUCUCAUGAACAUCCUCAUCUUCUCCACGGUCUCGCCUCAGGGCAAGCCGAUGAACGCCAGCCGUUUCGCUUGGCUCCACAAGUGCUUACUGCACAAGCUCUGCCUCGUCUCUGGCCAGUUCCAGGCGGUCGCCCUGGAGGUUUUCUACGAGAACAACCAUUUCGAGUUCAUCUCCAAGACAUCACGUCGCACGCCACUCAUGCCCCCUAUCCACGUCUUCCACUCCCUCCGCCACAUCCGGGUGCAGCUUGUCCUGACCGACGGCUACGCAGGAGAGCCGAUUGUGCUGCCCGACGGCAUCCUCGACACCAAGAUAUACUUCCGCAACACGACCGACCUCUUCAAGCACUGCCCUGGUGCCCACACCUUGCGGAAGCUCUCUGAUCUGAGCACCAUGCAGAAUCUGAGGACGAUUCAGCUUCACAUCGUUCCAAUCUUCACCAACCCCGACUUGGAGGCGGCAAUCGCUAUCUACCACCAGGCUCGCUUCAAGAUCGGCGCUCGUGAUGAGUGCAAGAUCACCGUCGAGGCUGGCCUCUCAGACUUGAAGACCGCCCUGCUGCUGAGUGGGCUCUGUGCAGAUUCGUGA